CCUUCCCGUCCAAGAAACCUCGUGCACGUCCUGGAGAUGGUCCAUCUGUCGGAACUCUACUGCGAGCCCUGCAGUCGCAACGAAUCGCGUUCAGGGAAUUUGUGAGACGCUCGAUCGUCUCUCUGGUCGACUCCCUUUGUUUUGUCGAGGCCGAGUUCCGACAAUUGUGCUGGUUGAUUUAGUCGUAUCAAAAUGCUCGCACAGGGCGCAGCUGUGAUUGAUGGGACGACAAAUCUCCUUCGUGUGUAUGAGAGGUGGAUGUUCUGUGGUCCAAAGAGUUUUUGAAGUGCUGAGUGCAUAGCCUUCGACCGAGUUUCACAAUUAUACGUCAUGCCGUCCUCAGUCUCCUACAUCUACUAAAUCUUGUCAUCUGUGAAUCGCCAAGAACGCAAAUGAGAGGGCCAAGUCACAUUGGAAGCCUUUCGAAGUGAGGAUAGAGUCAGCCGUGAAGUGGUUUGCCAACUUUGAAGUCCGAAGAGUGGAGAAGAAUCCGAUUGUACUCAGAGACUACUCAAAAGUGUACUUCGGCCUACUCUUAGCCAGGUCCUGUUAUUACCGAAAGAAGAACGAUUGCCGGACUUGGAAGAGAAGUGUCAAACUGCUUGUUACGAUGUAUCUGCAACGUAGAAGCCGUGGGAAUACUGCCGUUUUUCAGUUAUCUUCGAGCCAGGCAGUUGUUUCUGCGCCAAGUUUCAACGCACCUCAAGUGGUCAGCAUGUCAUCACACAUUACAGGAGUUGAUGUCUGGGAAACUCGUGUGCUACUGUGGAGCAUCGAAGAAGCAAGUGUUUUUGAGCUGAAUCCUCCAGGAAUCCAGCAGGCAUGCCACUUCAAAAUACAGGAGAACGCUUCACUUGCAGUCAACCAUAAUUCGAUUUUCCAGACGGGAGGCUCAUCAGUUGGAGUGUUGAGCUUAGAGGGUUUGUUGAAGCAAACUUUGCCUCUGGAUGAGACGCAAGGCCAGGCACUCUGUUUGGAUGUUUGUCGAGACUUUCUUGUCCUGGCGACAACUAGCAACAUUAUACGCACAUGGAAGGUGGAUGGCACAGAAGUUAAGCCUCAUGGACCCAUCUCAGGCCGCAAAAUGAAAGUCGGUGAGGAUGACAAGCUCGUCAUAACUUCUGUGAGAUGUAAUAGCGAUUGCAGUCGAAUCAGCUUGCUUGUCAAAUGUGGGCCUGAUUCUCAAGAAAACUGUCUUUUGGUUGUUUUCGAUACCAUCGCUGAUAGAUUCUUCUCACUCGACUUCAGGCAUUUGCAGAGGGUUCCAACAUCACAUUGUUGGGAUGGUGGAGAGUCUCGGCUUAUCGUCUGUGAGACAGCUCAGGAGCACUUAGAGGCUACAUCGAUAUCAGGGAAGAACUCUGGAGAUUUACAGCUCACAGUACUAUUCGCAACUUCUGAAGAUGGACUCUUGGAGCUGGAGCAGGUCGAUAUUGGAUUCAAGUCUAGGCUUUUGGGGAUGGACAUACCUUAUUAUCAUAUCCUCACCAACAAGUCUGCUAAGAAAGACACACCUUCCAUCGAUAAGAUACCAAUGAGAGACUUUGUUGGCCUGGAAGACGUCGAUAUCAAAGAGAGAGCUGCACUAGUUGAGUUCAAUUACAACUUGAUACUGGGGAAUCUGAAUGGUGCAUACGAAGCAAUUCAAGCCAUCAAGGAUAAGAAAAUUUGGCAUAGCUUGGCGUGCAUAUGUGUAAAAACUAAACGAGUUGAUGUUGCGAUACACUGCUUUGCUACCAUGGGUUAUGCCUCAGCGGCAGGAUUUGUUCGUGCUUCUUUGCUUGAACCGGAGGAGGAUGCCAGGGUUGCAGCUGUAGCCAUUCAGCUAGGACUUCUAGACGCAGCACGACAGCUGUAUAUAUCAUGCAAGCGUUUUGAUCUACUGAAGAAGCUCUAUGAGACUUGUGGCGAGUGGGAUAAAGCAAUCGAGGUGACCUCAAAACACGAUCGCGUGCACUUGAAAGGCACACUACAUGCAUAUGCCAAGCAUCUGGAGUCUAUAGGAAGUAUCAAAGAUGCAAUACACCACUACGAAGUAUCUGGAAGCCACAGGCAUGAAGUUCCGCGUAUGUUGUACUCGAUUCAGCAAAUGAAAGAAUUGCAAGACUAUAUAGACAAGAGCGGUGAUCCACCUCUGCAGCGAUGGUGGGCUCACUUUUGUGAAGCUAAUAACUUGCUUUCUCAGGCUAUCGACUACUAUACUCUUGCAGGGGACGUCCCCUCUCUAGUGCGUGUUUAUUGCUUCAAAAGCGACUUCUCCACUGCAGCUGCUCUUGUUUUGGAAAGUUCAGAUGCCGCCGCUGCCUUUUCAUUAGCUCGUCAGUAUGAAAAAUCAGGACAUAUCCGUCAAGCCAUAAAGUUCUUCUCGAAAGCAGGAAAGUUUACAUACGCUGCUCGCCUUGCCAUGAAGCAUAACAUUGACAAUGAGCUACUAGCUCUUUCACUCCAGAGCACGAAGGAGAUGAUGACGAAAGCUGCAAAAUAUUAUGAAGACCAGAAGAAGUACGAAGAAGCUGUUCUGUUAUAUCACAAGGGAGGUGAUUUGGAGAAAGCCAUCAAUGUUUGCUUUCGGACAAGACUCUACGAUGCUCUCAAAGCUAUUGCUGAGGAUCUAGAUAAAAAUGAAGAUCCAGCUCUUCUUGCUAAAUGUGGAGACUUCCUUUUGGCGAACAAGCAGAUUGAUAAAGCAGUGCAACUUUUUAUCGCUGCUAAACAGUAUAUGGUUGCUCUUGACUUGUGUAUGACUGAGGGAGUCAUUCUGACCGACAAGAUGGCGGAGGCUAUGAAUCUGGAAGACCCAAAGUCUGAGGAGUCUAUCCUUUUGCUCCACAAGAUAGCUGAAGUCUUCAACGCUCAAGGAUCCUAUCACCUCGCUUGCAAAAAAUACACACAAGCAGGCGAUAGACUAGCAGCCAUGAAGGCCUUAUUGAAAUCAGGAGACACCGAGAGAAUCAUAUUCUUUGCCAACGUUUCUAGACACAAACAGAUCUAUAUACUCGCAGCAAAUUACUUGCAAAAUCUUGACUGGCAUCAUGAUGGAAGUAUCAUGAGGACAAUUAUUCAGCUGUAUAGUAAAGCCGGGGACGUGGACGCAUUAGCAUCAUUCUACGAGUCUUGCGCGCAGAUUGAAAUCGAUGAAUAUCGUGACUAUGAGAAGGAAGGCUCUGGGAGCCAUGACAGAGGCACUGAAGUAUAUUAGUAACUCAAAGAGCCCAUACAAAGAUGAAGAAAUUCAGUCCUUGAAAAGACGCAUUUCAGAAGUUGAACAGUUCGUCCAGGUAAGAAAAAUGGCAAAAGGUGAUCCGGCCGGAUUAGUUCAAGCCUGUAACGAACUUCUCACUCAACUGACGAAAUCUGCAACCAGCACUCAGGCAUCGGUGCGAAUUGGCGAUCUUCAUGCGUUGCUCAUUGAGUAUUACUUCAGUCAAGGAAGCAUGGAGCAGGCGUUUCACGUUAUAGAAAAAAUGAGAGAAAGAAAAAUUGCUUUGGGUCCCUUCGUGGACCAGAACGUGUUACUUUCUAUUUAUCAGGCACUGGGCUUGGAAGCCACUGACGAUGAUCUUGCUGACACAGUUGGUGAAGAAAUCAUCUCGGCUUGAAAACAAAGUUACCAACAAAUACCAUAUGUUCAAGGGUUCAAAGUACGAAAAAGUUCCUGAAACUCAUGUUCUAUGAUUGUUUCCAGCUGCAACGGAUAAUAACUCAUGAGUGCCUGUCAAUUUAUUAAAGAGCUGCAUGUCAAUCGAAGCCUCAAAAAUGCAAAUCACGUUUUACAUAUGACAAUUUACUUCGCGCUAAGCGUAGACAACUUCACUUCGGUAAAACCUGGAACAAAAUGAUACACGAUAUUCACAAAGCUCCCAGAGAAACAAACUCAUGCGGGGCUUUCUUCAAUUGCAUAGAGGGAUGCUAAAUUGAAUACUACAAUUUGUUGACACCUAGUUUCUCAUUGACUUCAAGUAUCUAACAGACAAUGGGGCACGAAGUCAAAAGCUUAGACAGGCUCAAGCUCAGCAGCAUGACGCGCUCUCGCAUGUUAUGGUGCUGAGCUUCAAAAAUGUCUGCCGGUAUGCCGGUAGAUUAUUCUGGUGGAGGUUGUAAGCCGGCUUUGAAGAACUGCUCGGUGUCUUGCAACUGCAAGCUCUGCUCCACUUGAAACAAACCUCUAUGUGUGAUUCUGCAUUUAGACACCUGACAAGCAAGCGAUUUCGUAUCGGAAGUAUGUGAACUGCGCAUUUGUAAUUUACAAGGAGGAUUUUCCCUCUACACCUUCACUCCAAGAAAUAUCUCCUCAUUUGGAGGUCACCUCUGUGUUCAUGUCUCCCCAUCUUACAUGGUGUUUGGCAGCCAGGUAAUGCGCACCCACGGGCCCUCUGCUCCCGUACGGGUACAACUCUGGUGCUACUCUCUUGUCCUCGAGCUCCUUCAGCAAUGGGGUGAAAAGUGCCCAGGCGGCAUCGAGCUCAUCACUUCUAAUAAACAGUCGACGCUCUCCCUCGAUUGCAUCGAGCAAAAGACGUUCGUAGGCAUCGGGAAUUUCAUGAGAAUA